CUGCCUCUUCUACCUUGGGAUCGGCAUCCUGGUUCACCGCCGCUCACUCACCGUUAUCGUGAAACUAGCUCGUCACUGAAAAUCAUACUGCUAUUUCUGUCUAAGUACCUUUGCUUCACUAUCACUAUAUAUUCGGAUACUGUUCACAUGCGUCUGGGCUAUCUUUUACAGUAUAUGGAAACUUACAUCAUUAUCCCUUGCUAUUAACGGCUCGCGUGCGCGUUGUCUGCUCGCCAACAUCGUGUAGUGACUCAAGAGACUGAAGCUUCUAUUAAGCUACCAUUAGCCGGCCUGUACCUUGUGACUACAGACCUUGAUGUCUACCAGAAAACCUCGUCCCCAGGACAGCUCAAUUCUGGGCGAGUCCUGGGUUGUAGCUUUACCUCAUGAGAACGAGCAACAAGAUGAACAUCAGCCAUCUGAGCCUUCAAGCCCAACACCUCGACCAGCUAGAAGGAACCGCAAUUAUGGAUCUGAGUCCCUGUCUACCUCCACUUCAUCCGCCUCGGGACCAGAACUAAUUAUGCCGUCAAUAUACGAAGCGCCUCUAUCAGAAGGAUCUUGGGUUGCGCCCACCGCUCGAUCCAAGCGGCCUCUCAGACGGAGGCCUCAAAAAUCGCCCAAGGAUUCGGCGCAAGAAGGGAAACAACAGUCUCCCUCGCCCAAACAAGAUGUCACGGCGGCAACGCGAACACAAAGAUCUCGCCAACCAAAAGCGACCCAGCCUCGCACAUGGAAAUUAUUGGAGUCACUCCUACGCACAAUUCUCAAUUGUGCGCUUAUCGCCGCCAUCGCUCACAUGCUCGUCCUUCCCGAAAUAGUCCAACAAUACCAAACGCUUUGUUCUUCGGAGAAAAUAGCAACUCUAUACCCAGCUAGUUGCAUCCCACCAUAUCCCCAGCCACAACUCCCCCGCCACCAACCAGCCCCCCGGGACACCAUCACUAGUUCACAAUCGCGGCUCGAGACCCUGCUCAGCUCUACCCUGAACGAAACAGACCCUCUCACCAGCACACUAAAACAAAGCGAAUCCAAGCUGCGCGACAUCCACACAGAACUCAAGCAAGCCUACCCAGGCAGCAAACACGAACUAGACCUCGAGUUCACGGGAUGUCUUCAAGCCACCCGCAUCGCAGCCGGCAAAUUCGACUCGCUCCGAGCCGACAUCCGCUCAGCGGUAGAUAGUCUGAUCGCCAGCGGCGACAACAUUCAAACCUUGACUCAAGACGCGCGUCAUGCCACCCAAAUGGCCCGACGAGAACAAUACCUCGACCAGCUCACCACACGCAUGCAGUCCAAAGUCGAUUCCCUCUCCAACGACCUCGCCACGCUCGAUGACCAUCUCGAAUCAAUCGGGACCAUCGUAGCCCGCGAAUCAAAACAAUCAAAGCCAAGCUCUUCUAUUCAUGCGCCCGGGCCUAAUAAUCCAGGGCCCGAACCAGUACCACAAUCAGACCAGCCACCUCGUCUGCGCACCUUCGUUAACUCACUCUUGGGCGUCAACUUACCUGCCAUGCUCCGCCCAAUCACCGCGGAGCCGGAAAGCGCCGUCUCCAGCCCGGAUCCCUCACUAGCUGACCUUUUUCGAGAAGCGUCCACCAAUCAUCGCCCGGUCAUCCAGGUCGUCCGAAACCUAUCGAAUCAGCUUCAGAUACUGCAACAAAGAAGAAAUAUUGUUAUCUGAGCGCGAACUAUUGAAAAGCUAACUAACGUGAAUAUGAGACAUGCAUAUGAUGGGUAUAUUAGUUUUUGAUUAUGAUUUGAACUGGCCAAGACAGAGAAAGUUGGGGUAAACAUGCAAGUCGGCGUUUAGUUUAGUUUUAGUUCUUGGGAUGCGGCGCGCGUCGCUAUUUUUCCCUUUGUUUUUUCUUUUUUUCUUUGUCACCUGUCUUUGUUACAGUCACACGUGGGUCUCACGUUACACAUGGCUUACCACCUACCUGUCAGGAACGGUUGUCUAGUCUGGGGAGUGGUUACCCCGGGCCAAGAAACACAGCGUAGCAUGGCGCGUAGUAUUAUUUACAUGGAUUGGGUUGCAUUGGAUAUGAAUUAAUAUCAUUAAGUUCUGAG